AUGGUAUUUGGUGUUCCACCUUCUCUGUUUGAGCACAUUAAACUGUGUAAAUCCGCAAAAGAGAUUUGGGACACACUUCAAGACUUGUUCGAAGGGUCAGAGAAUACGAUGGAUAAACGUCUAAAUUCCGUUGUCAAUGAGUUCGACACUUUCACUACAUCACCUGGCUAUUGGUCGUCUGGGUUAGAAAGAGAUGAUGAAGAUGCUAAACAAAACUACUGCUACAUGGCUACCAACGAUCUACCUGGCAGAAGCAUCAUUCAACAGGCACUCUAUGCUUCGGAGCAAGAAACAAUAUGGUAUAUCGAUAGUCCUUGCUCCAUGCACAUGACAGGGCAGAAGGAUCUUCUGCGAAAUCUUAAACUUUCAUCAAAUGAUGGCUAUGUGACGUAUGGCAACAACUCCAACUCUCAGAUCCCAGGUUAUGGAAUCCUUAAAAAUGGCAACUUCUCCAUUUCAAAUGUGGCAUAUGUAGCUGACUUGAAGAAUAAUUUGAUAAGUGUGGCUCAACUCACUAAUGCUAAUCGUCGAGUUGAAUUCUGA